UAUGGGUACAGGAUAGACAGAAUCGCAAUCGGUCUCUUCCUGGAGCUCUCACUUCGGAUCAAUGCCGGAGUGGACAUCCUGUCGGUGUCCAACAGUGGUCGGCGCUCCUUCCAGGCAAUUAUGGACGCCUUGGGGGGCGAGAUCUUACUCCAGAAGUCAAACCUGAAAACCCUCUUCACUCAUGAAGAUGGGGACACAGCAACCAAAGAUGUGGCGCUUCAAGCUUGG